AUUGAUUGGAGGAACAUUCAAAAUAUUAGUGAUUUUCGUGUGUGCUGUAAAAUUAUCAUGAGGUUAUGUUACGUUUUUUCAUUCCUUUUACAUGAUUGAAGACAUUUCGUUGAGUACGACAUCUACCUUGCUUAUCGUGACAUUACAAUGCCUGAAUCGAAAGAUAUACCCGUGCGUGUGGCUCUGCGUUCACGUCCUCUUGUGCCGAAGGAGACGGACGAUGGAUGUCAGGAGUGCCUAAGGUUUAUUAGCACCCACCAACAAGUUGUUCUGGGCAACAACAAAGCAUUUACUUACGACUUUGUCUUUAGUAAAGAUACAGAACAGGAGGUGGUUUAUACCAAGGCUGUUAAACCACUUGUCGAUGGUAUUUUCAAAGGCUAUAAUGCAACAGUUUUGGCAUAUGGACAAACAGGCUCAGGAAAGACAUAUUCCAUGGGUAGUGGCUACUCGGCAUCACAGGCACCAAAUGAUCCAUCCAGGGGUGUCAUACCAAGAGUGAUAACUAGUCUAUUUGAUGGUGUUCGGGACCAUAAUGAUAUGAAAUAUAUGCUUAGAGUAUCUUAUUUAGAGAUUUAUAAUGAAGAUAUCCAUGAUCUUCUGAAUCCCAACAUCAAAAAAGAAAACAUUGCUAUCAGAGAGAGUAUAGAGGGCGGUAUUCGAAUAGCUGGCCUGAGAGAAGUGACUGUGCAAAGUGCUGAAGAUAUGUAUAGAUGCUUAGAACAAGGAUCUGUUGGCAGGACAACGGCUUCGACGGCAAUGAAUUCUACAUCAAGUCGUUCUCACGCCAUAUUUACCAUUCACAUUGACCAGAAGGCAAAGGAUGAAAGUGAUAGCGGCUGGCAUGCUAAAUUUCACCUUGUUGAUCUGGCUGGGUCAGAAAGAGUAAAGAAGACCCACGCGGAAGGAGAUCGUUUUCGAGAAGGUGUGAACAUCAAUCGAGGGUUGUUGGCAUUAGGAAAUGUGAUUAGCGCCCUCGGAGAUGAAAGUGGACGCAAGGCUCAUGUCCCAUACCGAGACGCAAAGCUCACAAGACUUUUACAGGAUUCGCUAGGUGGUAACAGCCAGACACUAAUGAUAGCAUGUGUGAGUCCAGCGGACUCCAACAUGGAGGAGACGCUGAACACGCUACGAUAUGCAGACAGAGCUCGUAGGAUUAAAAACAAACCGAUAGUCAAUCGAGACCCGAAGGAGGCGGAGAUUGCUCGUCUUCGACAGCAGGUCCAACAGCUGCAGAUUCAACUGGUUCAGUACAGUGGUGGCGCUCUACCAUCUGAUUUAAAAAACAUGGAGGGUACAGCUGAUAUGAGCAUACUGUUAGAGCGUAAUAAAGUCUUGGAAGCUGAGAAUCAGAAGCUGACACAUGAACUGCAGUCGGCUAUCGACCAGACAACAGUACUUUGCGAAAAAGUCAUACUGGCUGAGCUUGCCAAGGACAAACUGAAACAGAAACUUGAGGAGCUCCGAGUCCAAGCAGACAUCAGUAUUGAUGCGCUGAAUGUCACCAUGGAUACGGAGACUACUGAUGUUAAACAACAGUUUGCGGGUCAAUUAGACAUGCUAAAGACCAUGCAGAAGAAGAUUUUGGAGGUGCAGUCUCUGGAACGCAUGGAACAGACUGACUUGCUGUCAGCCCAGGAAAAUGACUCCAAUAGCAGUAAUGAGGAAAGCACACUCACAGAUAAAAUCGUAACUGAAACGGCUGAUGAUCAGACAUUCUUCAAGCAUCACACCCUACGGCAGGCAGAGCUUGGCCGUGAACUUCAGGAACUCAACAAAGCUCUGUCACUGAAACAGGAACUUGUUGCCAAGAUGGGACAGAGCGAUGAGAAGAUGGCUGUCAUGAAAAUGCAGUAUGAACAAAAUGCUAAGCAACUUGAGAACGAGGUAAAUCAGUUGGUGAAGGAGAAGGAACAACUUAAUACUGCCCUCAAUGCUGCCAAAACCAACACCACCAGUAACAAAGUCAGUGAACAGCGACGAAAGAGGCUGCAGGAAUUGGAGGGACAGAUUACAGGCCUAAAGAAGAAGAUAUUGGAACAAAACAAACUGCUUAAGUUUAAAGAGCAGAGUGUGAAAGCAGUUGAAAAGCUCAACAAAGAAAUUCAUUCAAUGAAACAGGCCAGAGUUAAGUUGAUGCGGCAGAUGAAGGACGACAGCGAGAAGGUUCGUGUCUGGAAGGCUGCCAAGAAUAAGGAGGUGUUGCAACUGAAAGCGCAGGACCGAAAACGGCAAUGUGAGUACGCAAAGCUAGAACGUGUACAUACAAAACAGCAACACGUCCUCCGAAGGAAAAUGGAAGAGGCGGCUGCAGCUAACAAGCGCCUCAAGGAAGCAAUGCAGAAGCAGAAAGCUGCAGCUGAAUCUAGAGGGCGCUUUGAUGAACGCAACCAGCUGGGUGUUGGAAAACGAAUAAGGAGCUUCUUAGAACAUGAGCUUGAAGUACAGGUGAGUAUCAACGAAGCGAAGCGCCAUCUAGCGUCACUCAUUACGGACAGAAAGUCUAUCACCAAGCAGCUUGCUGAUCUGAAAUCAAAAGGAGUACCGCCUCAUAAGAAAUCUAAAGGGUCUGAUGGAGGUAAUGUUGAAAACAUGCACCCUAAUGAGAAAGCCCUGCAAGAUGAUUUGCAGGUGAGAAACGCUCAGAUCUCGGACUUGCAACAGAAGAUUGUUGAUGCCGAUCAAGAUGAUAAAGAAAAGAGCCGCUGGAAAAAUAUAACCAGCAUAGUAGAGGCAAAGUGUGCCCUCAAGUGGCUGAUGGAAACUGCUGUUGUUUCUAAGGUGGAGAAUAGCGUUCGUGUUGGUGAGGUACGUGAUCUUCAAACAUCAUUGGAUGAAGCUACCAAAGCCAUCUGUGAAGCCAAGUCAGAGAUGGAGGAGGUGAAGAAGACUCACCAACAGGGGCUCACUAAAAUACAGCAGAGCCAUGAAGAAAAGAUACUGUACCUCCUGACACAGCUGCCACAGGCUGGAGACCUCAACUCAACAACUGGUGCCACCCUCAAUGAAGCUAAUCAGGAACUACUAGAUCGGCUGCAUUUCCAGGAAAAACAAAUUAGCGAUCUGCAUGGUCUUCACGAAAAGCUACAAACUAUCACCAAUGAAAACGAUAACUUGAAAAAGCAACUGACACUUGCUAACUACCAUGGUAGAAGAAUAAACCUGAUGCCUGCUAUGACCUCGCCUGAUGCCACACCAUCGCCAGCUCCAAGGCCAGUCAAAAAGCCUAAUAAGAAAAAAUCAACAGCUCGCAAAGAAGAAGAAGAACAUUACACCUUUGAUGAGCUACAAACACUUUUUAGCUCAGAAGAGGAAAGCUCAUUCAUGGAUUCUGAUUCAGACUGGCACGAAACCCCCAUAGUUAGACGUUCAAGACAAGUGACUAAGAAGAAGGUAUCCCUACCAAAGGAUGGUGGGUGUGGAUGUAAAGGUUUGUGUAAAACCAAACAGUGCCGUUGUGUUAAAAAUGGGAAUGGCUGUUCCGACAAUUGUUUGUGUGUCCCCGCAAAAUGUGUCAAUCGUCAAAGUUCAAAAGAUAAUGAAAAUUUGGUAACGUCAAAGUUAAAUACAACCGUCGUCUUAGAUUCAACAACUGAGUCUUUUGCCACACCUAACUUGCUCGAGUCAUCUGGCAACAACACCGUGUCCGAAAAUAUAAACCAGAGCCGUAAGAUUCUCUCGAAUUUGGACAGCAACACAACAUUCAGCUCGUCCGAUAACGAGAAUGAUGUUCGUAAACGCCCUCUGAAAGAAAGUGAUGACUCCAUGGAAAGAGAAAAUUCCGACCCAGAGGUCUCCGGUGUGAAAAAGAAACGCAAGUUGUUAAACAAUCAAGGGAAAGCUUUCUUUAAGCCGUUGGUAAAUUUCUGACUGGCUGGUUCUAAGUAUCCCAUAACUCUCUCAAAUAGAUACUUGUUUUUACAUCAAAACUAGUGUUUUUUCCCGAAUGUAUUCAAAUUUUGUAACCAGCUAAUUCAUUUGAUUAAAACCUAAGAUGAAAAAUAUUUUCUUUAAAUAGGAGUUAAAGGGAUACUAUAAAAGUUGUAUUCCAUAUCCAGUACUAUAAAUAAUUUGAAUUGUCUAAUGUUGUUUAAUCGUAGAUGGAGAAGAAUGUAUGUCAGGGUAAAAUGUAGUACUAAGAAUUCCAGGCACCUUAUUGUCCUUCGUGGUAUAAUAAUGCUUUGAUGGCAAGUUAAAUGGCUGAGCGGUUAGUAGGGGAACCCCAACCUACAGCCAUAAUAUCAGCUCUGGUUUGAGCGGCACGCUUUGCCUAUGGUUCCUCAGAUAAGGACUAUAAACCGUAGGCCCAGUGUACACAAUGGCUCGUGUGCACUAUAAAGAACCCAGUACAUUAUCCGAGACGAGGUAGAGGAUACACCCUGGUGUACUGGUACUGACAGCCCCUGUGGUGGACGACGAGAGUUGCUGGUACCGGGUCACCAGGUACCAUUGGGGGAAGAAAGUCGUUGAUCAAGUUCCUAGUCUACAUAUCUAAGCGCAUUGUAUCUUGUAAUUUGACAUCAAGUAAUUUAGCGUGAACUUUUUUUUUCGAUAAACUAAUGUCCUAACCGACAGUAAGGAAUCAAAUUAGCCAGUUAGCUUGCACGCACUUCACUUUAUUUGCAUAAAUUUUUAUAACGAAAAAAGGAAUUCUCUUCUGUUCUGAACUUAUGCAAAUAAGUGAACAUUUUUUGUCAAUUUGUUUUGUCCACUGAGAGAGGACGCUACAUACUGUAAGCCUAAAUAUGGCGUACAGUUCCCGAGCAUGUGCUACUAACGUGCAUCGCUGAAAUUUUCACCGAAUGUAUCUACGAUUUGACAGACCAUGUAUGUCCAAAAUCGGGCAAUCUGUGUUUUAGCCACAGGCUUGGUAAAAUCUAUCUAUAUAGCCUAUAUAAGUGGGAACAGCAGUAUAAUGAACCGUUCCGGAGCGUCAAUCAAACUUAACAAUUGACCAAUCAGAACAGUACCAUGAAUAUACGUUCGCCCAUAAAUGCACGUGUGUUUUACGGAUCUUAGCAACAACAUCCAUAUGGCGGGGCCUAGUGGAACAGUAAAGUUAGCCACUAUUGACGAACAUUGCGAAGUAUAAUCCACUAAGUUUAACAUGCGUGGAUUUUUUUUAGCCUGUAUGAAAAAAUAGUCCAGUAAAGUCGAAAUGAAUAAAUAUGCUAAAGGCUGCCCUGGUGGAUGUUGUUGCUGCUAAGUUUUUGUAAAACGACAGCAUAAACGUGCAUUAUUAAGGAGCUUUCAAUUUACGCGACGACGCAACUCUACAAAACAUUCACUCAUCCAUGACCGUCCUACGUUUUCUGCACAACAUAGAUUUCGCCAAAUUCUGCUUAAAAUCCACUCGACGACAACGUUUUUGCAUGCGCAGAUGAAAAUUUAGUGACAUUACUUUCAAGAUUCUACCGCAUCUUGCCAUCGAAAGCUCCCCAUUAAAAGGGUUUGUGAGAGAUUCCUGGCCAUGCUCCAAUAAGCCAAUUCAUGGUUUGAACUGCGCAUAUCCAGUGGUAUCCAAGGGCAAUCAACAUACACCUAUGUGGUGUGUAUGUUUGUUUAUUGACCUUGAUACGAGAAUGUGCGAUUCAAACUACAAGUUGGAUUAUUGGUCUGGAAAAGUCAAUUUUGACAUAUUUGCAACAAACGGCGUGAACACAUGCACAUGUGAAGUCUUAUGCAAUUGCAGUUUACUGUAUAUAGAAGAACAUCAUAUUUUUGAAAUAUUUGUAUGAUUUAUCAGUAGGUAUGCUUUUUGAUCAGCAUUAACAUUUUUUAAUUGGUUUACGUCUAUCACAUUUUUUUCUUAUUUCUAAUUUUUUUUUUAGUUUCUUUAACCUAAAACAUAAUUUAAGAUAAUACAGUAUCAUGGAUUUAUCUGAACAUAAUCAGAUAAUAAUGAAGUAUAAACGAAGAAAUUAUAAACUAAUUGACUGCUCAUAUCCAUAACUGAAUUGAAUUUUUAUAAUUAAAUAAUUUAUGGGCAGUCCUUAUGCCAGAAAAGCUGGGCUUUCUGCCUGGCGGUCCUUGGCCGACUCAAUGAUAUGCAGAACGCAACACGACGAAGUGUGAGCAAUUGAUUAUUAUUAACGAGUCUCACUGACAGUCAGCAAACGACGUCGCAUCGUCAAAUACUCACUUGAUUGCUGAGAUGGAUUUUGCGGUUCACUUUCGUACGACCGUUGUACGUUGCAGUGUGUAUGCCUGUCUUAACAUUUAAUAAAUACUGAUAGGAAGGUUACAAAUUCGCUGGCAUUCCUUUAGACUGCUUGUACCAAAGCAGUGACAAACAGCGGCCUAUGUUGUAUUAGUAAGAGCGAACCACGUUUUGAUAUUGUACAAAGUAAAUAAAUUCUUCUGAAGUGAAUACAGUA